AUGGCUGUGGAUUACCUGACGGGCGCGAUCAUCAUGACACCCAGCAGCAGCAGCAAGCACACUGGGGCCACUGGGGCCACUCCCACUCCCACCCUUGCUGCUAGUACCACAAGCAACAACACCACCAGCAGCACUGGCGCCAGCAGCAUGAUAAGCGCGCCGAGGCAGCCUCAGGGGUCUACGCAGCAGCUCUCAUCUGCCGCGAUUCCCGCAGCAAGCUGCGGCCGUCACGUGGGGGCGGGGGCUAAUCCGGGAGCCAGUGGCGCCCCCGCGUGGGCGCUGUUCCCGCAUUGGGCAGCGGUGGACGCGGAGCAGCUGAGGCGCGUUCCGCAGGACGUGAUGCCGGAGGACUCGCACUGCUGGCUCAAGUACGGCGAGAAGCGACUCGUCAAGUCAACCUGCCACAGGUCAUACUUCCGCUGUGCGCGCUCCACGUGCGUCCCUCUGCCUGCCAGCGCUGCGACGGUUGCUGUGGCUGCUGCGGAUGCCUUUGCCCCUGCUGCUGCUGCUGCUGCUGCUGCUGCUGCUGCUGCUGCUGCUGCUGCUGCUGCUGCUGCUGCUGCUGCUGCUGCUGCUGCUGCUGCUGCUGCUGCCGGUGGAGCUUCUGAUGAUAAUACCGCUCCUCAUCCCAAGGCUGAUCCUGACGAUACUUCUGCUGCUGCUGCUGCUGAUUCCACUGCUGAAGCCGACACUGCCACCCCAACCGCCGCCGCUCCCCCCACCGUCUUCCACCCCUGUCCGGCUCGCAAGCGGGUCGACUGGCAACUACUGCCUCUCACUCCUGCCACCCACUCGUCGCAGCUGCCGCCCGGUUUCGACGCUGCCGCGCACUUCCGGGCGGCAGGAAAGCCGGCCGCGUCGAUCAUAUUCUUCCGAGUGACGUACCUGAACACGCACAACCACAGUGAGCCGCCCAUUGGGCUCCGGUUUCCACCCUCUGGGGGGUUACCAGGUGAUGUAGCUGCUGCAGCUUGUCACGCUGGGGGUGUUAGCUGUGGUCAGUUAUCGGAUGCGGGUGUUGCUGCUGCUGCGGUUUGGGCAGAGAAUGCAGCGAGAACGGAGAUGGUGGGUGAACAGAAGCAGCCGCCGCCGCAGCAGCAGCAUUUGUUGCAGCAGCAUCUGCAGCACUUGGUGCAGCAGAGGCAGCAACAGCAGCAGCAGAUGCAGCAGCAGCAUCAGAUGCAGCAAAUGCAGCAGCAGCAGCAGCAGCAGCAGCAGCAGCAGCAGCAGCAGCAGCAGCAGCAGCAGCAGCAGCAGCAGCAGCAGCAGCAGCAGCAGCAGCAGCAGCAGCAGCAGCAGCAGCAGCAGCAGCAGCAGCAGCAGCAGCAGCAGCAGCAGCAGCAGCAGAUGCAGCAACAGCAGCAGCAGCAGCAGCAGCAGCAGAGGCAACAGCAGCAGCAGCAGCAGCAGCAGCAGCAGCAGCAGCAGCAGCAGCAGCAGCAGCAGCAGCAGCAGCAGCAGCAGCAGCAGCAGCAGCAGCAGCAGCAGCAGCAGCAGCAGCAGCAGCAGCAGCAGCAGCAGCAGCAGCAAGGGCAGGGGCAGCAGCAGCAGAUGCAGCAGGGGCAGCAGCAGCAGCAACAACAGCAAGGGCAGCAGCAGUGGCAGCAGCAGUGGCAGCAGCAAUGGCAGCAGCAGGGGCAAGGGCAGCAGCAGCAACUGCAGCAAGGGCAAGGGCAGCAGCAGUGGCAGCAGCAAGGGCAACAGCAGGGGAACAUGAGUUCUCGGUUCCAACCCCCGCACCGGCUCCAGCCGUCCCCUGAACCUCAAUCCAUUCGUGUGGGUUUCCAUGUGACGCGCGCCUCUCCUGCCCCUCACGCCUCUCCCUCCUCUCACGUGUCUGCCGCAACUCAAGUGUCCUCUGCCUCCCCCACUGCCUCUCACCCGUCUCACUCAUCGCCCGCUUCUGCUGUCGCGACUCACGCAUUCACGCCACCCAAGCCGAUCAAAGUGAGCUUCUCUCCUCCGGCCGACCCUGCCCUUGCAGCCACUUCCCCUCCAAACGCCGCUUUACAUGACCCCCAAUUCAACACCCCAUUAAACGCCCCUCUUUACGCCCUAGUAAGUGCCCCUGCGGACUCGCAAUCUCUGCUGCUCUCUGUGCUCCGUGCCAAUCUCUCCCGCGCUGACCUCUUGUCAAGCCCCCACGGUGACGGCAGCAGCCCGAUCGGCAGCACUGGCGAGAGGAACGACAGCUGGCGCGACGUGGCGGGCGGCGGUGGUAACUCCGGGCGGCCUAUGAGCAGAAGCGGCAGCGCCACUGAUGCGGGUGCGGCUCUUGUGCCUACCCCUGUGGCGGGCAGCGGUGAUUGUUACGGGCGGCCUACGAGCGGAACCGGCAGCGCCACUGAUGUGGGUGCAGCUGUUGUGGCUUCCCCGGUAGCGGGUGGCGGCAUUGGCGGUUACGGGUGGUCUAUGAGCAGGAGCAGCGCGACCAAUGCAGAAGCACACGUGGCGGCUGGUGACCAGUUUGAUGACUCAGCGCCACGUCAGCUGCAGGGGCUGCUGGAGGAUAUGGUGCCACGUCAGCUGCUGCAGGGGUCGCAGCAAGUCAGAGAAGCAGGACAGUAUCGGGCACCGUCUGAUGCUGCCGCAGCAGCGUUCCAAACCCCAGCCACAUCAGUAGCACCAGAUAAGGCACCGCAUGCAGCAGCAGCAGCAGCAGUGCCUUUCCAGACCACCGAAAGCAUUGCAGUGGAAGCGGAACGAUCGGCGCAGCGGCAGCUGUGGGCCCCCCUUGAAGCUCAAGCCACCUCUGUUGCACCUGCCUGUGAGUGCCGGAAAUCCCAAGGGCAGAGGCAGCAGCAGGAGCAGCAGCAGCAGCAGCAGCAGCAGCAGCAGCAGCAGCAGCAGCAGCAGCAGCAGCAGCAGCAGCAGCAGCAGCAGCAGCAGCAGCAGCAGCAGCAGCAGCAGCAGCAGCAGCAGCAGCAGCAGCAGCAGCAGCAGCAGCAGCAGCAGCAGCAGCAGCAGCAGCAGCAGCAGCAGCAGCAGCAGCAGCAGCAGCAGCAGCAGCAGCAGCAGCAGCAGCAGCAGCAGCAGCAGCAGCAGCAGCAGCAGCAGCAGCAGCAGCAGCAGCAGCAGCAGCAGCAGCAGCAGCAGCAAGUGCAGCAGCAGCAGCAGCAGCCAAUGGUGCUUCAGUUGAGGACCGAAGCUCCGGUCCAAGGGCGUGUUCACGUGGGGCUUGAUGGCUUGGCCGGCAUGGGCGGCAUGGGUGGUGUGGGCGGCGUGGGCACGAGCGGCAUGGGGGAGGACGAGUUGCUGGUGGAGGCGGCAGCGUGGCUGGCAGAGCAGGGAGGGCUGGAGGCACUUGAUUGGCUGCCGGACCUGACAGGGCGUAACGGUCGAAUUGACGCGACUCGCAGCGCGGAAGGGGGGAGCGGGGACCGCGAUGGGCCGGUGGAUGAGAGGGCUGGCGCUACAGCCGCGGACGAUGCUUCCGACAAACGGCCGCGCGUCAAUGGCGAGAACGGGGCUGCUAGUAGCGAGGAUGAUUCAAUCGGGGACGCGGCGCGGUGGAUCUGGGACGUGAGCGGGCGCGAUCUGGUGCAGGUGGCGCUGGAGGCGAGCCGCGCGACGGACGGCCCGCGAUUCCUGGCGCCGUGCGGCGUGCGACGCGAGCUGCCGCUGCUCGUGUACCUGCCCGGACUAGACGGCACGGGCGUAUUCCUAGAGCGCCACCUGGAGGGCUUAAAGCCAUGCUACGACGUGCGGUGCCUCUGCAUCCCAGCUGCUGAUACUUCUUCCUACGCCCAGCUCUCCCAGCUAUUGGCGGGUCUCAUUCAACAAGAGCAGGACCUGCGAACGAGCACCUCGCUGCUGCAAGCGUCAUCGUUGGGCGCGAGAGCCAUGGGAUACGCCUCUGAUGAGGACGGAAUGCCUGCAGGGUCAGGCACAACCGCAGCAGAAGAAGCCGCAGCACCUGCACUGGAAGAUGCAGCAGCAGCGGCGCCUGCAGCAGUGACGGUGGUGGCGGAGUCGUUUGGAGCGGGGGUGGCACUCUCCCUCGCUGCCACCCAUGCCAACCUGGUUACCCACCUCGUCAUUUGUAACAGUGCGAGUGGCUUUCGCCGGCAGCCAGCCCUUCAACUCGGAGCGCUGCUGGCACCCUUUGCACCGGACAUUCCCUUGUUGGCGCAGCUCUCCUCCUUGGCGCUCGCGCCUCUGCUCUCUGAUUGGAACAGCCUGGGGGAGAGAGAGAGGACCCUCAUCACCCCGCCCUUCAGCACGACGGUGCUUCCACCAGCAACGGUAGCACGCCGUGUUGCCAUGAUGUCUGCGCUACAGCCGUCUGACGCCAUGCUACAGUCCAUCACAGCCAGCACCCUGCUCAUUGUCAGUGGGGAGGACCGGUUGAUACCAUCAGUGGAGGAAGCAUAUGGACUCGCGACGUGCAUCCCAUCGUGUCGCAUCAAGAUUCUGCCUUUCUCCGGCCACACUGCCCUGCUAGAGGCGGGCGUUUCUCUGCGGGACAUUCUGGAGGAGUGCGGAGUGUUGCUGCCCUCUGCUGCCUUUCCUCUGGACCCUGUCCCUCCCUCUGAUGACGACGAGCCUGCUUAUAGCGAGGAUAUGAACCCCGCCGAUAGCGAGGGUGGUAAGCCUGCUUAUAGCGAGGAUGGGCUAGCAGUGCGUGCUCACAAGAGCAGCAGUGCAGUGAGCAGCAGUAGCAGCAGUGCUUCGUCUGCUGCCGAACCUGCAACGAACGGUGCAAGCCGAAUUGGUAUCAGCAGCGCGGGUGGCAUCACGGCACCAAGUGCAGCAGUCGGAAGUUCAGGUGAAAGUUCAGGAGUGGAGGGUGCAGCAGGGUACAGCAGCAGUGAGGAGGGCGAGUUCAGCAUGGAGGGGAAGGACUGGAAUGAUGCUGACGUGGCUGCUGUGCUUGGACUGGCCGAUUCUGCUGCCAUGGAUGCCGGACCAAUCACAGGCCCUGAUGCUGGUGCUGCUGCGUUUGCCUCCAAUGAUGUAGGUGCGAGGCAGGGAGGAGGGAAGGAAAGAGAACAGGAGCAAGUGAAGAAAGUGAAGCAAGUGGCGAAGCGAGGUUUGAGGCUAGAUGGGUACUAUGAGAUGAUGAAGGGUAAAGGGGAUGCGGCAUGGGCCGAUCGCAUGUUCCCCCAAGCUGCCUCCGCCUCUCAACCUGUGGCUGAUUCCCUUUCCUCUCUCUCCUCCCAGUCCUCUGAGCCGCCUCAGUCCGCUUUGGGUUCCCCCUCAUCCCAAUCCGGCGAAACUGUAUCUGCUGCUUCUAGUUCUGUGCCUGCCGGUAAUGGGCGUGCAGGCAGGGGUGCAGAGAGCAAUUCAGAGAGCAGGGGUGGUCGUGCUGGUUCUGCUGGUCAAAUUGCUGCUUCUGCUGCUACUGCUGCUGCUGCUCCUGCUUCUGCUGCUGCUGCUGCUGCUGCUGCUUCUGCUGCUGCUGCUGCUGCUGCUGCUGCUGCUGCUGCUGCUGCUGCUGCUGCUGCUGCUCCUGCUGCUGCUCCUGCUGCUGCUGCUGCUGCUGCUCCUGCUGCUGCUGCUGCUGCUGCUCCUGCUGCUGCUCCUGCUGCUGCUGCUCCUGCUGCUCCUGCUGCUGCUGCUCCUGCUGCUGCUCCUGCUGCUGCUGCUGCUGCUGCUGCUGCUGCUGCUGCUGCUGCUGCUGCUGCUGCUGCUGCUGCUGCUGCUGCUCCUGCUGCUGCUCCUGCUGCUGCUGCUGCUGCUGCUCCUGCUGCUGCUGCUGCUGCUGCUGCUCCUGCUGCUGCUCCUGCUGCUGCUGCUCCUGCUGCUCCUGCUGCUGCUGCUCCUGCUGCUGCUGCUGCUGCUGCUGCUGCUGCUGCUGCUGCUGCUGCUGCUGCUGCUGCUGCUGCUGCUCCUGCUGCUGCUCCUGCUGCUGCUGCUGCUGCUGCUCCUGCUGCUGCUGCUGCUGCUGCUCCUGCUGCUGCUCCUGCUGCUGCUGCUCCUGCUGCUCCUGCUGCUGCUGCUCCUGCUGCUGCUGCUGCUGCUGCUGCUGCUGCUGCUGCUGCUGCUGCUGCUGCUGCUGCUGCUGCUGCUGCUCCUGCUGCUGCUGCUCCUGCUGCUCCUGCUGCUGCUGCUCCUGCUGCUGCUCCUGCUGCUGCUGCUGCUGCUGCUGCUCCUGCUGCUGCUGCUGCUGCUGCUGCUGCUGCUGCUGCUGCUGCUGCUGCCGCUACACGCAUUGGUGCAAGACCUGGUAAUAACGCCACUGCCACUGCCGCCGCUGCUGCAACUUCAUCAGCAGAGAAAGCAAAGCAAGGGAGGGGCGUGGGAGGUGUGGUGGGGGAAGCAACGGCUGGGAAAAAAGAGGAGCUGCAGCAAGGGGUGGAAAGAAAAAGGGAAGGAAAAGGGGAGGGGAAAGGGGAGGGGAAAGGGGAAGGGAAAGGGGAAGCGAAAGGGGAAGAUGGGAGGUACAUGGGAUCAGUGGAGGGGCGGGCGACGGCAGGGGAGGUGGGGCGGGCACUGGAGGGCAUGCUGGAUGACAUGCCUCAGUACCGCCUGUGGAACUGGGUGGCCCGGCCUCUAUACGUUGGGUUGGAGAAGAUUCCGCGCAACGAGGGCAAGCUGCUGUUUGUGGGCAACCACACCAUCUUCGGUAUCUAUGACAUGCCGCUCAUGAUCCGAGACAUCCACAUGCGCACGGGCGUCACUCUCAGAGGGCUCGGCGCGCCUACCCACUGGCAGGGGCCCUUUGCUGACCAGUUCACCAAAUACGGCGCUGUGCGGGUGUCCCCCCGGGCAUGUUAUCAACUCUUGAGGGAGGGGGAGAACUUGCUGCUGUACCCGGGAGGCGGCAGGGAGGUGGGGAAGCGAAAGAAUGAGAAGUACAAGCUGUUUUGGCGCGAUACGACUGACUUUGUGCGCAUCGCCGUGCGCUGUGGCGCCACCAUCGUCCCCUUUUCGACUAUUGGAGUGGAAGAUGCCUUUGAUGUUCUCAUGGACCCUGAGGAGAUCAUGAGCUCCCCCAUCGGCCCCUGGUUGAAGCCAGCACUGCAGGCCACAGGCAUGCAGUCGCCCCCCUUCUCCCUCGCCUCCAAUGCCGGCCUGCUGCCGCGCCCCCAGCGCCUCUACUUCCUCUUCUCCGACCCCAUCCGCACGGACGGCCUGGAUCCCACGAUCAUACGAGACAAGGAGGCGUGCAAUCAGAUCUACCAGAUGGUGCGAGGCAGGGUGGAGGGCGGAAUAGAGCAGCUCAAGGAGAUGCGCCAGGCGGACCCGCUGCGAGAAACGCUUCCCAGAAUAGCGGUCAACCUUUUGGACGGCUGGGAUGGCACCUGA